CGUUAUAUCUACCGAACGUGGGUGCAAUACUGCGUGUAGCGUCGAAAGCACGACAUCGGGCACCGAGUAAUUCCACGGUGUCGAUUUUGGCUCGCUCGACGCACACCGGCCGGAAUGUAUCUGUUAGAAUCAACCUCUCACCCGCCCCGAGGAAUAUCCAGAAAAAGGAAUCUCCUAGCGUUCGGAAUUAUUCUGAUCUGUUGCCAUGCCUGGGCGAUUGAGACAGACGAUAAUUUUGUAGGGACCGCGUUUAAAACACACUUAGAAAAAGAUCUCGAUCAGAACUUAAGGUCCUUGCGAAAAGGAGGCUCAGGAAUUCCGGAUCCGUUCAUCAAGGACAAGAUAUCCUUCGAGCUUGAUGCGGGUAUAAUAAAGUUUUAUGGGCUUCUCUCGAAUGUCAAUGUGACUGGCUUGUCCACCAAAAUAGUCAACCGUGCUGAUAUCAGACCAUUAGAAUUGCGGGCCGAAGUGAACUUGACUUGGCCGUUAGUCAAUGCACGUACUGGUAAUUAUGGUAUAAACGGUAGCGUUGUUUGCUUCCCACUCAAUGGAAAAGGAGAGAUGAAUGCAACCGUGCGUAACUUCACAUUUACAAUUGACACAACGUUAAAAUUAAAGGGUCUUCAACAUAUUCAAAUUAAAAGUAUGAAAAUGGAACUUUCCUUGAGAGCAUUAGAACUUCACGUGACAGGUCUCAUCAACGACCAGAUAUCUGAGGCAUUGAGCAAGAUGAUCUCCAACUUGGUGUCUAAACUCAUCAAUAAUUACCAAAAAAUAAUUGGAGAAAACACUAUUAAUUUAAUCGUCAUGAAUAGAAUCAACAAUUAUCUGUUAACUGUAACGAUCAUCGAGCUGAUGAAAAAACUAGGUGAUCUAGGUAUUCUCUAGAGUUCAGUUUUAUAGUUGUUCGACUAUUGUUAUUAUAUUGUAAUUCAUUAGUACUGGAUUUUAUUAAUUAGAAUCAGUGUAGAUGCGAUGGAGAUAUAGAUUUAAGCCUUUGAGUCCGAUCAGAAUUCUAGUUUUAUUCAAGUAUACAUAUGUUUUAAUUUUUAUACGAGAAUACGUCCGUGCGCGUCAGUGUUUUCCAGCCGAAUCGUUACAUGUUCUCUCGCGAUCGGUCAUCUGACUUGUCUUUCGAGAGCUUGCUUUGUCUUACCACUGUUCGUACAAAUACAUUUAAAUUUUAAAGCUC